GGAUAACGGAGGAGUGGGGCGGUGAAUGGUGCAACACAACUUUAGACAUGGACGUGUUUUUAAUGAUCCGGCGUCACAAGACGACCAUCUUCACCGACGCCAAGGAGUCCACGACGGUUUAUGAGCUGAAGCGUAUCGUCGAGGGCAUUCUGAAGAGACCACCUGAAGAUCAGAGGCUUUACAAGGAUGAUCAGCUGCUAGACGAUGGGAAAACACUGGGUGACUGUGGCUUCACCAAUCAGACAGCCAGACCGCAGGCUCCCGGUACAGUCGGCCUCGCCUUCAGACUUAGUGACGACGCAUUCGAGCCUUUGCAUGUGGAGGCGUUCUCGAAUCCUCCCGAACUUCCCGAUGUGAUGAAGCCUCAGGAUUCGGGCAGCACGACCAACGAGCAGUCGGUGCAAUAAACGCACGAAGAACACGAACGGAGGAGGAGAGAUCUUCAGUUCCAUUAGGAGAGACGAAUGGAACCCAGACUGAGCACUCAGAUGAGGUUUAGGGGUUUAAAGAAACCAAAAAAAUGGGACAAAACCGGACCCGCUCCUCAGCACACCCACAAAUACAUACCGUUAAUAUACUAUAGCUUACCUUAUUUCAUUAUUAACUCUGGACUGAUGUUCAUCUCCACCCUGCUGACUCUCAGUUCCACACACACACACACACACACACCGUCUCGAGCACGUUUUCUGUAAAGCUCAUGACACCAGUCUCAUCCACGAGUGUAGAGACUUUAGUGUUGAUAGUGUUGCAUCAGACAGAAUGUAAUGGGCUCUUGUGUUGAACAGUAAGAUUGUGACGCUCGAGUGCCUGCUGGAUUUAACGUGCAUGUUUCACUCGAGCCUUCAUCAUCGUUAGCGCAUUAUAUAAUUUAUCUUUUUUUAUUAUGAUUUAAACAACCCUUGUAGGCAUUGAUAUUAAAAAUCUUGACUUUU